AUGCCGCAAGCACCAAGAAUUCCACCCGCUGUAUGGGAGGCACAAAAGCCCCGCAUAACUGAGCUGUACAUCAAUCAAGACAAGACUCUCGACGAGGUUAUCCAGAUCAUGGCCGAAUCUGGCUUCCAUGCUACAAAGCCCCAAUACAUUCGUAAAGUAAAUGUCAAUUGGAAACUGCAAAAGAAUUACACCAAAGAAAAAUGGCAGCAUGCGAGCGCUUUAGUUAAGAAGCGUCAGGCAGAGGGAAAAUUGACGGAACUCAGAAUUGAUGGUCAAGUCAUUUCAGAGAAGAGGAGGAAAAAGGAAUUGAGAAGAUACCAUGUUUCACAAGUCGAAGAAGAGUUCGCUGCUACUAAUACCUCUGGCGUGGUUGCUUGUACACCACCAUCGUUCAACUCCAGGGUCGUUCUCAUCAAUGGCCUCCCUUGGCUGAAGUUCCAAGAAAGCUUCAGUAACCUCAUCAAGAGUCAGCGACUACCGUUCAAUCCAAACCAACAAAAUGGGUCACCUGGCUUCUGGGAAGCGGCAAAUAAAUUACUAUCCGGCGCCCAUAAUACCGGGCAAAUGGCUACUGGAAGUCUGCCAUUGCCACCAAGACCUGUCUCCGGCGACCUUUUGAAACACGUCGACAUAAAAGGACAGAGACUGUUUGAACUAGUGCCAAUGUUGGAUAAUUCUAUGGAAAUCCUCCCACACCAAGAGCCGCCAUGGUUGCAAAUUUUCAACUCGCUGGUGUUUCUUUGUUCCAACAAUCUGAUGGAAAUCGGAAGCUCCGCUUACGAGCUUCUCCAGGUCGCCAUCUCGAGUGGCUUUCUCAUCAAGGUGAAGCAUCUAUUUACAACAAGUUCACCAACCCUCGAAAUAUUUGCAAUACACCUUCUGUUUGCAACGCUCGGAGUUGAAGGAAGCAAAGGAAUGGAGGUCCUGCGUUUCUUACUCGAGUCUGGGAUCAGCCCUGACAGCACUGAUCCGAGUAAAUAUGGAUGUUCUGCGCUCCACACAGCCGUCAGGGAAGAUCACCUGGACGCCGUUCAACUCCUUCUUCGAUCUGGGGCAGAUCCAAAUGGAAAGGUAGAAGGCACCGAAGACAUCACACUCGACACUCCUCUCAACUACGCCCUAGACUGGAAUGCUGAUACAGAAAUCGCAAAAAUGUUGAUUGAAUCAGGGGCAGACGUAAAUCUUGGCUCUGAGAAGCCUUUGCUUCAGGCUGUCACCCGCAGACAGGGGGACUUGGUCCUCGUAAAGCACAUGUUGGAAGCUGGAGCAGACCCAAAGAUGCUACCAGCAAAAGGUCUUUCGGCGAUAUACUCUGCAAUCAUCGAUCAGGAAUUGAGUCUGAUCAACACAUUGAUUGAAGCGGGAGUGAGUCUGAACUUAAUGGUCGACGAACUUGACGAUGAGGAUAUUGAAUUUGUGGAAUAUGAGUUCCGAUUACACUACAACGCGACCAGCAUCCUUACUCCUCUAGGAUACGCAGUAUUUAUUGGCAAUGCUGGCAUUGUCAAGCGCCUCAUCGAAGGUGGCGCAGUCCUGGACAUUUUCAUUGAUCCAGAAAUACUCGAGCAGAUGGAAGGAACUCUGUCUUCAGAUCAAAUCUUGACUCCGCUACAGUUGUCAGUCCAGGAGAGCCAGCAUGAAAUCACCAAGAUCUUGCUGGAUGCAGGCGCAGGCGCAGGCGCAGGCGUGGACUUCCGACAUCCAGCCACUGGGACAACACUGCAGUUAGUGUGCAGCUCAUCAAUGGAGGAAAGAGAGAAGAUAGAGUUGACUAAAGUCUUGUUGGCAAAAGGGGCAGAUAUCAACUCUCUGCCUGGAGAGCAUGCAGGGAGGACAGCAAUGCAGGCUGCAGCAGAAUCUGGGCAUCAUGACCUCCUAAAGUUGCUUUUGACCAGAGGCGGCAAUCUCUUCGCCUCUGCCGCUAAGGAAAAUGGGUUGACAGUUUUCCAAGCCGCAUUGAGGUCGCGCUCUGUUGAGCUUGUGACUUACGUCUUCUGGGAAUUGGGGAGUUCCUGUACCUGUUUCAAUUUCUUUGACGGAACGAACUACCUAGAGGAGGCAGUGUCUACUGGAGACUUGCAGCUCCUAGAAACGGUAAUGAAGUUCUGGAAUCACCAUGAGCUACAUUGGCCGAGAGAGUUCAUUUCGUCGGCCCUCAGAACCGCUAUCCGUCAUGAUUUCACGCACUUUAUUCACGUUCUCGACGCCGGCUCAUUUACUAUCCCUAAAGAAGCGGCCAGCUCAAUGAUCUGCGAAUCUAUCUGGAAUGGCGAUGAGAGUACCUUCGAUUGGCUGAUAGAACGUUUCGCCGGGGCCGAGUUGGAUCUUGCCCAGCCUGGAUAUCCAACACCUCUCUGGCUAGCAAUGCACCAAGGGAAGCGGUAUAUGGCCCAAAGUUUACUCAAUGCUGGCGCCAAUCCCAACAAACCGUCACUGGUAGUAUGUCGCAACAGUUGCUGCCAUGAUAUCGGAUCCGAAAUGCCAUUGAAGCCGGCGAUAUGUCAAUCCGAUAACGAUCUCAUAGAAUUACUCAUUGACAAAGGAGCAAAAAUACAUUGCUUUAUCGAUGGUGAUUUAACGCCGCUCCUCUUUUCCCUCAGAAGCAAAAAUGAAGAUGCAGCUGUUUUUCUUCUCUCCAGAGGGGCAGAUCCAAAUGUGGUGGACAUUUCGGGUAGAUAUACUGCGCUUGGGUUUGCUCUGGACCGGGUUGCCUCUCUUUCGACGGUGCAGACACUCAUUCAACGUGGUGCAGAUGUUAACAGGCCUUCAGUGUGGGGGACAGCACUUGAACAAGCCGCAAAAGAAGACUUUGGGCAACAUGAUACUUUAGAGCGAUGUCAAUUACUUCUGGCAGCUGGCGCCAACGUCAAUGCUUAUACCCAAAGCACUGCACUCAAGUCAGCCGUUGCUCGUGGUGAUGAGGAGUUGGCCGAGCUUUUUAUUGAAGCAGGCGCUAAUGUCAAUGCCUCAAAGAUUGGUGUGACAGCACUUCAACUUGCGGUCCAGAAUAACAACACAAAUCUUGCAAAGAUGCUUGUCAAAGCUGGCGCCGAUGCGAACACUUUCUCGAAUGGAACAGGUGCUCUUGGAUUGGCUGUCAGGAACAAUAACCUGGAGCUGGCCAUACUGCUCCUUGCAGAAGGUGCUGAUGUUAACGCUUUAGCAAUGGGAAAUACACUACUACAAGAAGCUGCAAGGCUAGGGAGUUUCGAAAUGGUAAAACAUCUCAUUGAUCGAGGUGCUGAUGUUGACGCAAAAGUCCCUCUCAGUACCGCAACAGCUCUUCAGUACGCCUCAAUGGGUGGUAGUGUUGAAAUUGUUAAGUAUCUCAUCGAACAUGGAGCAUCUGUCGAUGAAGAAGCUAGUCCUUUCUACGAAGCAACAGCACUCGAGCUUGCAAUUAACAGAGGGCAUACUGACGUAGCCAUAUAUCUCAUCGAAAAGGGGGCUCCAAUCGACGAACGUUCCACUACUAAUGGUAAAACACCUCUUCAGCUUGCCGCAAAACAUAAAUAUCACGAAAUUUUGACCUAUCUGGUUGAGAAGGGAGCGGCAGUCAAUGCAGCGCCCGCGACUGAAAGAGGGGCAACCGCUCUUCAAUUUGCUGCGAUCAAUGGUAACAUCAAGAUGGCUAUUUUUCUUCUCGAGAACGGGGCUCAUGUCAACGCCAAAGGAGCAGAGGUUCAUGGAAGAACUGCACUUCAAGGAGCAGCAGAGCAUGGCCGACUUGAUAUGAUUCAUCUUCUAUUGGAUAACGACGUGGAACCUGACACGAUUGAGGAAAGGUGUUGUAAUGCAGCAGAGUUUGCAGAGGUUGAGCACCAUGACUUGAUUGCUAGAAUACUGAGAAACUACAAGAAGCCAUGA